GAAACAGACCUCUUCGUUCUGGGACCUGCAACGGCCGCGAACCCGAAACUCAGCCAAGCGAAGCCAAAUCCGCGAAGAUCAACUCACCCAGCGCGCUUCGGUCUCUAUUGUUAUCUAGUUUUACAACCAAGGAUCUUUGUAAGCUUUUCUCAAAAUUCCACCAAUUCCGAUUUCACAUCUUGUCGUGUUUGCAGUUUGCUCUUUGAUUUACAAGAUUGGUUUCAAUCUUCUUUCGAGAUAGUUACAGCCGGCGAGAUAUCUGGAAGAAGAGCUCCAAAUUGAUCCGCUCCACAGAGGAAAGCCAACGCGAUAGACACAAUCAAUUUGGAGUGGUUCAUUAAGGUUCGUUGUAGCCUUGUUCAAACAAGGCAGAAAGACCAAACCUCCUCAUUUAGAAUUUAGAUGGAGCACAGAUUCUACCCCAAACGCUGCACCAGUAGCUUAGCGGAAACCGUAGCCAGCAUAGAACAAGUCCUUACUGAAAUCCUUGUGCGCGUGCCAGCUAAACCUCUAGUCCGCUUCAAAUGCGUCUCCAAGCAUUGGCUCUCUCUUAUUUCCGACCCUAAAUUCUGUCACCGCCACACCCUUCAAAACCCUAACACUCCAGUCUCUGCUGUCUUUUGUGACAGAUCCUGCCGCCCCUUUUGUUUCGUCCCUAUUGAUUUGGAUCACAUGCGUGGAACCAGUAGUACUAGUAGUAAUAUUAGGAACCAUGGAAACCAAAACCCAUUUGGGUCUGGUUCACCUACUUGUAAUCCUCUUGAUUUUGUACAGAACCAAUAUGAUUAUGGCAUCAAAACUGUCCACACCUUUCCUGUCAAUCGUCUUCAUUUUGAUCACAAAAGCCCAUCUCGCUCUCGUUCACUCCCUUUCAAUCCUCUUACGUUUGCUCAAAACCAAUAUCAUGAUGACAUCAGAAUUAUCCAGUCCUGCAAUGGCCUCUUCCUGUGUCUUCUUUUUCAUAAUAAACUGAACCCCCCAUAUCUUAUUUUCAAUCCUACAACAAACCAGUUCUCUACACUUAUUCCUCCUCCAAUUACUGCUGUUACCACCGCUACUGGUGAACGAAAAGAACACUAUGUCUCUACUGCUUUGGCUUUUGACCCUUCCAAAUCACCUCAUUACAAGGUGGUCUGUCUUCGGACCAUUGAUGGAUCUGAAGACGGCACUAUCUAUCACAUAGUGAUAUAUUCAUCUGAGACUCAAAGUUGGAGGAUUCUCAAUUUUUCUAUCAAGAGGGUAUUUUCCAUCCUCUAUGCACGCGUGGUAUACUGGAAAGGAGCAAUUCAUUGGUUAGGCAUGUUUAGUGAGGUAGCAUACUUUCACAUAGAUGAAGAACGUGACGGUUUUAUUGAUAACCGUCCUCACUUUUAUGAGAACGACGUUCACAGGAGGAAAUGUAGAUACUUUCAGGAGUCUCAUGACGGGCACCAUUUGUAUCUUAUUGAUAUAUAUCGGCCUUGUAUUACUAAAUUUGAAGUGUUUGAGAUGGGGAAAGACUACUCUGGUUGGUUUGUCAAGUACCUUGUUGACAUUGAUCCCAUAUGCCGGUGGAACCUGUCUGAUCGAUUUGUUGUUCUAUUUCUAGAUCAAGAUGAAAAUGAAGAAGAGGAAAGUUCAUCUCUGUUGCUGCAUAUGCCUGGAAAACUCAUUUCUUAUAAUCUUAAGAGCAAGACCUACAAAUCUCUUGAUUUAACUCCCAAGCCCGGAGUUAAUGAUUCUCUCUUACGAGUUGAAGCAUCUAAUCAUCGAUAUAUGGAGACUCUGGCCUGUGUGUGAUACUAUACUCUUGCUGGUGCUGUGUGGUUUUUGCUUCUGGUUGUAGGAUCUUUGCAACAGAAAAGUCCUUUUAUUUUUGUGUGCAUUUGACACUACACAUCAUUUUAAGUUUUUUGUUAAUGUUAUUCCAUUGCUUCUUUAAUUUGGAUGAUUAGUUU